AAAGCCGAGGCAAACAUUGAUCACAACGUUGCGUCUUUUCGUGACUGCAGUUCCGUACCAAGCGUUCCUUGCCAAGCCAUCAUCCACUCCGACUUCCUGCAGUUCGGAAACCUCCCAUCCCGGAAGCCCGCAAGCCCGAAAGCCCCUUCAUCGAACUGAUUGGCCCAUUGGGGCCCUCACCCCAACAUGGCCGGCUUACCGCCUUACGGGUUCGGUUUGCCGCCCGGGGCACCCGGUGGACCUCCGCCCGGUUCUGGCGAGUGGGCCCAGGCUAUGAUGGCCCAGCAGCAGGCCCAACUAGCGGCCCAAGCCCAAGCCGUGGCACAGGCUCAAGCCGCUCAAGCCGCCGCCUUCGCUCAAGCCAUGCAUCAUCAUCACCAAAAUGCGGCCGUGGCCGCGCCUUCGGCCGGUGGACCACCGCCUAGUGGCUUGUCCGGCCCUGUCCUCGGGCCGGGCGGGGGUGGCCCGGCCCCACCCACGCCCGGUGCGGGGAAGGGUGGUCCCAGACCGUCGAUUUUGAGCGAAGACAAGUUGCAGGAGAAGGCCCGGAAAUGGCAACAAUUGCAAACCAAGCGAUAUGCGGAAAAGCGCAAGUUCGGAUUCGUGGACGCCCAGAAGGAGGACAUGCCGCCCGAGCACAUCCGCAAGAUCAUCCGUGAUCACGGGGACAUGUCGAGUCGCAAGUAUCGUCACGAUAAGCGCGUCUAUUUGGGCGCCCUCAAGUACAUUCCGCACGCCGUGCUCAAAUUGCUGGAGAACAUGCCUAUGCCGUGGGAGCAGAUCCGGGAUGUGUCCGUGCUCUAUCACAUCACGGGGGCCAUCUCCUUCGUCAACGAGAUCCCUUGGGUUAUUGAGCCCGUGUACUUAGCCCAGUGGGGCUCCAUGUGGAUCAUGAUGCGACGCGAGAAGCGGGACCGGCGACACUUCAAACGGAUGCGAUUCCCACCUUUCGAUGAUGAGGAGCCGCCCUUGGAUUAUGCGGACAACGUCCUGGACGUGGAGCCGCUUGAGGCCAUUCAAAUCGAGAUGGACGACGAGGAAGACAAGGCCAUCAGUGAGUGGUUUUACGAUCACAAGCCUCUGGUGGACUCGGUCCACGUGAAUGGUACCACCUAUCGCAAGUGGAAUCUGGCUCUGCCCCAGAUGGCCUGCUUGUACCGCAUGGCCAAUCAAUUGCUGACGGAUCUGGUGGAUGAUAACUAUUUCUAUCUCUUUGAUCUGAAGUCGUUCUUCACAGCCAAGGCCUUGAAUAUCGCCAUUCCGGGCGGACCCAAGUACGAACCGCUGGUCAAAGAUGCGGCUGUAUUUGAUGACGAUUGGAAUGAGUUCAACGACAUCAACAAAAUCAUCAUACGGCAACCAAUUCGAACCGAGUAUCGGAUUGCCUUUCCCUACUUGUACAACAACAUGCCGCAAUACGUUCAUCUGUCCUGGUAUCACACUCCCAAUGUCGUGUACAUCAAGACCGAAGAUCCUGACUUGCCGGCCUUCUAUUUCGAUCCUCUGAUCAAUCCGAUUUCCCAUCGCCACGCAGUCAAUUCCACCCAAAAUGACUACCUGCCUGACGAUGAUGAAGAAUUCGAGCUAGGCGAAGAAGUUCAGCCUUUCUUGCAAGAUUGUCCGCUCUACAGUGACAACACGGCCAAUGGGAUCUCGUUGCUUUGGGCUCCAAGGCCGUUUCACAUGCGAUCUGGCCGCACACGGCGGGCUUUGGACGUUCCAUUGGUCAAAACCUGGUACAGGGAACAUUGUCCCGCUGGACAACCCGUGAAAGUUCGUGUGAGCUAUCAAAAACUCUUGAAGUACUACGUUCUGAACGCCCUUCACCAUCGCCCACCCAAGCCACAGAAGAAACGGUACUUGUUCCGAUCGUUCAAGGCUACCAAGUUCUUCCAGUCCACAAGUUUGGAUUGGGUGGAAGUGGGUCUUCAAGUGUGUCGACAGGGAUACAACAUGUUGAACCUCCUCAUUCAUCGGAAGAACUUGAACUACCUUCAUUUGGAUUACAACUUCAAUUUGAAGCCGGUUAAGACUCUGACCACCAAAGAGAGAAAGAAGUCGCGUUUCGGAAACGCCUUUCACCUGUGUCGUGAGAUCUUGCGCUUGACCAAACUCAUCGUGGAUUCUCAUGUUCAGUAUCGUUUGAACAACGUGGAUGCCUUUCAAUUGGCAGACGGUCUCCAGUACAUCUUUGCUCACGUGGGUCAAUUGACCGGAAUGUACCGCUACAAAUACAAACUCAUGAAACAGAUUCGAAUGUGCAAGGAUCUCAAGCAUGUCAUCUACUACAGAUUCAACACGGGACCGGUGGGAAAAGGUCCUGGAUGUGGCUUCUGGGCCCCGGGAUGGCGAGUGUGGCUCUUUUUCAUGCGAGGUGUCACACCCCUUUUGGAGCGUUGGUUGGGAAACCUCCUCUCCCGUCAGUUCGAGGGUCGUCAUUCGAAGGGCGUGGCCAAGACGGUCACCAAGCAGAGGGUUGAGUCCCAUUUCGACUUGGAGUUGCGAGCUUCAGUCAUGCACGACAUUUUGGACAUGAUGCCCGAAGGAAUCAAGCAGAACAAGGCUCGAACCAUUCUUCAGCAUCUCUCCGAGGCUUUCCGUUGCUGGAAGGCCAACAUCCCGUGGAAAGUGCCCGGUCUUCCCACUCCCAUUGAGAACAUGAUUUUGCGGUACGUCAAAAUGAAAGCUGACUGGUGGACCAACACUGCUCAUUACAAUCGUGAGCGAAUCCGUCGAGGAGCCACCGUGGACAAGACCGUGUGCAAAAAGAACUUGGGACGACUCACUCGUCUCUACUUGAAAGCUGAGCAAGAACGUCAACACAACUAUUUGAAAGACGGACCCUACAUAUCGCCCGAAGAAGCCGUUGCCAUUUAUACCACCACGGUUCAUUGGCUCGAGUCCAGAAGAUUUGCACCCAUCCCUUUCCCUCCCCUAUCCUACAAGCACGACACAAAGUUGCUCAUCUUGGCCUUGGAAAGAUUGAAGGAGGCCUAUUCGGUCAAAUCCCGACUUAAUCAGAGCCAGCGAGAGGAGCUAGGUCUCAUCGAACAGGCCUACGAUAAUCCUCACGAAGCGUUAUCCAGAAUCAAACGUCACUUGCUUACCCAACGUGUGUUUAAGGAAGUGGGCAUCGAGUUCAUGGAUCUCUAUUCCCAUUUGGUGCCCGUGUAUGAUGUGGAGCCCCUUGAGAAGAUUACUGACGCCUAUUUGGAUCAAUAUCUGUGGUACGAGGCCGACAAGCGGAAACUCUUUCCGCCCUGGAUCAAGCCUGCCGACACGGAGCCGCCUCCGCUUCUGGUCUACAAAUGGUGUCAAGGCAUCAACAACCUCCAAGACGUGUGGGAAACCGCCGAUGGUGAAUGCAACGUCAUGAUGGAAUGCAAGAUGGAGAAGCUCUACGAGAAGAUCGAUUUGACCCUUCUGGAUCGAGUCCUUCGAUUGAUUGUGGAUCACAACAUUGCCGAUUACAUGACGGCCAAGAACAACGUGGUGAUCAACUACAAAGACAUGAACCAUUCUAAUUCAUACGGAAUCAUUCGAGGACUUCAGUUCUCUUCUUUUGUGGUCCAAUACUACGGAUUGAUCAAUGAUCUCCUCAUUCUGGGCUUGAACAGAGCCGCUGAAAUGGCUGGACCACCUCAAAUGCCCAAUGAUUUCUUGACCUUCCAAGACGUGGACACGGAGAUUUCACAUCCAAUCCGGCUCUAUUCCCGCUAUGUCGACAAGAUUCAUAUCUACUUCCGAUUCUCCGCCGAGGAAGCUCGUGAUUUGAUUCAACGAUAUCUCACCGAACACCCCGAUCCAAAUAAUGAGAAUAUUGUGGGCUAUAACAACAAGAAAUGCUGGCCCCGAGAUGCUCGAAUGCGCCUCAUGAAGCACGAUGUCAAUUUGGGACGAGCCGUUUUCUGGGAUAUCAAGAACCGCCUCCCUCGCUCCGUGACUACCAUCGAAUGGGAGUCCAGCUUUGUGUCGGUUUAUUCGAAGGAUAAUCCCAACCUCUUGUUCUCAAUGAGCGGUUUCGAGUGCCGAAUCUUGCCCAAGAUCCGAACCACCCAUGAGGAAUUCAACCACCGAGACGGGGUCUGGAAUUUGCAGAACGAAGUCACCAAGGAGAGAACGGCUCAAUGUUUUCUCCGAGUUGAUGAUGACUCAAUGCAGAAGUUCCACAAUCGUGUGAGACAGAUUCUAAUGGCCUCAGGAUCCACCACAUUCACCAAGAUCGUGAACAAAUGGAACACCGCUCUAAUUGGUCUGAUGACCUACUUUCGCGAAGCAGUAGUGAAUACCCAAGAAUUGCUCGACUUAUUGGUCAAAUGCGAGAAUAAGAUCCAGACGCGCAUCAAGAUUGGUCUGAACUCGAAAAUGCCCUCGCGAUUCCCACCUGUGGUUUUUUACACCCCCAAAGAGUUGGGUGGCCUGGGCAUGUUGUCCAUGGGCCAUGUUCUCAUUCCACAGUCGGAUUUGAGGUGGUCCAAGCAGACCGAUGUGGGCAUCACCCAUUUCAGAUCGGGCAUGAGCCAUGAAGAGGAUCAGCUCAUUCCCAACUUGUACCGAUAUAUUCAACCUUGGGAAGCAGAGUUCAUCGACUCACAGCGCGUGUGGGCGGAAUACGCGCUAAAACGGCAAGAAGCCGCGGCUCAAAAUCGCAGAUUGACCCUGGAGGAUUUGGAAGACUCUUGGGAUCGUGGUAUACCCCGAAUCAACACGCUCUUCCAAAAGGACCGACACACCUUGGCUUAUGAUAAAGGGUGGCGAGUACGAACGGAGUUCAAAGCUUAUCAAGUGUUGAAGCAGAACCCUUUCUGGUGGACUCAUCAACGACACGAUGGAAAGUUGUGGAAUCUGAACAAUUACCGAACCGAUAUGAUCCAAGCCUUGGGUGGUGUGGAGGGUAUCCUUGAGCACACCCUGUUCAAAGGCACCUAUUUCCCUACUUGGGAGGGUCUGUUCUGGGAGAAAGCUUCUGGGUUCGAGGAGUCCAUGAAAUACAAGAAACUCACCAAUGCCCAACGAUCUGGCUUGAAUCAGAUCCCCAAUCGAAGAUUCACUCUGUGGUGGUCUCCAACCAUCAAUCGCGCCAAUGUGUACGUGGGUUUCCAAGUCCAAUUGGACUUGACGGGCAUCUUUAUGCACGGCAAGAUUCCCACCCUCAAGAUUUCGUUGAUUCAGAUCUUCAGAGCUCAUUUGUGGCAGAAAGUGCACGAGUCCGUCGUCAUGGACCUGUGUCAAGUGUUCGAUCAAGAGCUAGAUGCCUUGGAAAUUGAGACCGUUCAGAAAGAGACUAUUCAUCCCCGGAAAUCAUACAAAAUGAACUCGUCUUGUGCGGAUAUUCUUCUGUUUGCUGCAUACAAAUGGAAUGUGUCUCGGCCUUCGUUAUUGGCCGACUCCAAGGACGUCAUGGACUCCACGACAACCACCAAGUUCUGGUUGGACGUUCAACUCAGAUGGGGUGACUACGAUUCCCACGAUGUGGAACGUUACGCUCGGGCCAAGUUCCUGGAUUACACCACAGACAACAUGUCCAUCUACCCGAGUCCUUGUGGUGUUUUGGUUGGUAUUGAUUUGGCCUACAACCUGCAUUCAGCCUUUGGUAAUUGGUUUCCAGGCAGCAAGCCGCUCAUUCAACAAGCCAUGGCCAAGAUUAUGAAGGCCAAUCCGGCUUUGUAUGUCUUGCGAGAGCGGAUUCGUAAAGGCCUCCAGCUGUACUCUUCGGAACCCACCGAGCCUUAUCUCUCGUCUCAGAACUACGGAGAGCUGUUUUCCAAUCAGAUUAUUUGGUUCGUCGAUGACACGAAUGUGUACCGAGUGACGAUUCACAAGACCUUCGAAGGUAAUUUGACCACCAAACCCAUCAAUGGUGCCAUUUUCAUCUUCAAUCCCAGAACUGGACAACUGUUCCUCAAGAUCAUUCACACAUCUGUGUGGGCCGGACAGAAGCGUUUGGGACAAUUGGCCAAGUGGAAAACCGCUGAAGAAGUGGCUGCCCUUAUUCGCUCCUUGCCCGUGGAGGAACAACCCAAGCAAAUUAUCGUCACUCGAAAGGGCAUGUUGGAUCCUCUUGAGGUGCAUUUGCUCGAUUUCCCGAACAUCGUGAUCAAGGGUUCCGAAUUGCAAUUGCCCUUCCAAGCCUGUUUGAAGGUGGAAAAAUUCGGCGAUUUGAUUCUCAAAGCCACCGAACCUCAAAUGGUGUUAUUCAACCUUUACGACGAUUGGCUGAAGAACAUUUCCUCGUACACAGCCUUCUCUAGAUUGAUCCUCAUCCUCCGGGCGCUCCACGUGAACAAUGACCGAACCAAGAUCCUUCUUAAACCUGACAAGACCACGAUCACGGAGCCUCAUCAUAUCUGGCCCUCCCUCUCGGACGAUGAAUGGAUCAAAGUGGAGGUGGCUCUGAAGGACUUGAUUUUAGCCGAUUACGGCAAGAAGAACAACGUCAACGUGGCCAGUUUGACUCAAUCCGAAAUCAGGGACAUCAUUCUCGGUAUGGAAAUUUCUGCUCCAAGUGCUCAGCGACAACAGAUCGCGGAGAUCGAAAAACAAACCAAGGAGCAAUCCCAACUCACGGCCACUACCACGCGAACUGUGAACAAGCAUGGUGACGAGAUCAUCACCUCAACGACGAGCAAUUACGAGACCCAGCAGUUUGCCAGUAAAACGGAAUGGCGAGUGCGAGCCAUUUCGGCCACGAACCUCCAUCUUCGAACCAAUCACAUCUACGUGUCGUCAGACGACAUCAAAGAAACCGGAUACACCUACAUCUUGCCGAAAAAUAUUCUCAAGAAGUUUGUCAUGAUCUCGGAUCUUCGAACGCAAAUCAGUGGGUACCUGUAUGGCAUUUCUCCCCCCGACAACCCUCAGGUGAAGGAGAUCCGGUGCAUUGUGCUUCCGCCGCAAUGGGGAACACAUCAAACUGUCCACCUGCCGUCCAUGCUGCCUCAGCACGAAUAUUUGAAGGAAUUGGAACCAUUGGGAUGGAUGCACACGCAGCCCAACGAGCUGCCUCAACUCUCUCCACAGGAUAUCACCACACACGCCAAGGUCAUGUCCGAACAUGAGGAAUGGGAUGGCGAGAAGACCAUCGUGAUCACUUGCUCAUUUACCCCAGGCUCAUGCUCGCUCACCGCUUACAAGCUGACCCCCAGUGGGUUUGAAUGGGGCAAACAAAACACGGACAAGGGCAACAAUCCAAAAGGUUAUUUGCCUUCGCAUUAUGAGAAGGUGCAAAUGCUUCUCUCAGAUCGAUUCCUCGGGUUCUUUAUGGUUCCCAGUCAAGGGUCGUGGAACUACAACUUCAUGGGUGUGCGACACGAGGCGAGCAUGAAAUACGAGCUCUCCUUGAGGAACCCUAAGGAGUUCUAUCACGAAGUUCAUCGUCCAUCUCAUUUCCUCAAUUUUGCCUCUCUUGAAGACGAGGGUGCAGAUGGAAAUGGCGCCGAUCGAGAUGAUUUAUUCGCUUAGGUUCCCUUUUUGGCGCGAGAUGAAAACUUGCAAUCACAAGUCCAUUAAGUUCAUGUUCAACGAGUGUCUUGUGUGUGUGU